AUGACCAAGGAAACCUUUGUGAUCAAGACGCCCUCGUCGUCCGCCAAUAUCGGCCCGGGCUUCGACGUCAUCGGUCUCGCCCUCUCCAUCUACCUCGAGCUGCACGUCACCAUCGACCGCUCCGUCCAGACCUCUUCCGAGCCCCUCAACUGCCGCCUCACCUAUGAGGGCCAGGGCGAGGGCACCUCCGAUAUCAGCCUCGACCCCUCGGUGAACCUCAUCACCCGUGUUGCCCUCUACGUCCUGCGCUGCCACGGCCAGCGCAUGUUCCCCGUCGAGACCCAUGUGCACAUCAAGAACCCCAUCCCGCUGGGCCGCGGUCUCGGCAGCUCCGGUUCCGCUGUCGUCGCCGGUGUCAUGCUCGGCAAGGAGGUCGGCCGCCUCGACCACCUCAGCCUCGACAGGUUAUUUGACUUUAUUCUCAUGAUUGUCUGUGACGGAGACUUUUGUUCCUUGCUCACACAAAGAACAGAGAGACACCCCGACAACGUCGGCGCAUCUCUGUACGGCGGCUUCGUCGGCACCUACCUCCGCCCCCUGAAGCCCGAGGACGUCCAGCGCAUCGAGAUCCCGCUUAGCGAGGUCCUCCCGACCCCGGCCGGCGGCGUCGACACCGGCGAGACCCCGCCCGAGCCGCCCCACGGCAUCGGCCACCACAUCAAGUUCCCCUGGGCCAAGGAGAUCAAGGCCAUCGCCAUCAUUCCCGAAUUCCAGGUCCCUACCCACCUUGCUCGUGAGGUCUUGCCACCCCACUAUACCCGUCCUGAUGUUACCUUCAACAUGCAGAGAAUAGCCCUGCUCCCCGUCGCCCUCGGCACCUCCCCGCCGGACCCCGAACUCAUCCACCUCGCAAUGCAGGACAAGAUCCACCAGCCGUACCGACAGACGCUGAUCCCCGGCCUGAGCCAGAUCGUCGAGAGCAUGUCGCCGAGCACGCAGGAGGGCUUCCUGGGCGUGUGUCUCUCGGGCGCCGGUCCCACCAUCCUUGCGCUGGCCACGAGCAACUUUGAGGAGAUUGCCAACCGCAUCAUCAAGAUCCUCAAGGAGAACAACUCCAACAAGGACGUCGAGUGCCGGUGGAAGGUCCUUGAGCCCGCUGAGGGUACGCAGGUUAUCCGGUAA